GAGUUUGUAUAGAUGCUGUCUACUUAUUCAUGGGAGUCGAGCGGAGUAGUGGGUAGGUUAGGCUUGGUCUGCAUAUGCGCAGUUCAGCAUGACUCGGCCGUUUGACCCGAUGACGUGUUCUGCGCAUGGUUUGAGAAUCGCCAUUGAAUAACAACUUUUGGUCAUCUUUAUCGUACUUUUCUUUAAUCUUUGUUCGGACUUUUACCCGAUCAUUUCCUAGUAAACACUGCUACAGAGGCGAGGUAAAGCGUACAUUUACAUUUUCAACUUUGAAAUGGCAGUUGACUGGCUUGGGUUUGGCUACGCUGCUGCCAUAACCCUAGGAGGAUUUCUGGGAUACAAGAGAAAAGGUAGUGUCAUGUCACUGAUAGCUGGGCUACUAUUUGGCAGCAUAGCUGCUUAUGGGGCCUUCAUGAUUUCAAAUGACCCAGCCAAGACUUUCUACUCCCUUGUUGCCUCAGGAGCACUGACAGUAGUGAUGGGAAUAAGAUACAAGAAGUCUGGGAAAAUGAUUCCCUCUGGCAUAAUGGCAGGACUAAGUUUGUUGAUGGUCCUGCGACUUCUCCUCAUGGGGGUGUUUGCAAUAUGAUUCGGAGAGUGUCACUGCAAGAUGGAAAGUGUCACUGCAAGAUGGAAAGUGUCACUGCAAGAUGGAAAGUGUCACUGCAAGACCCAUUUCCAUUUGCCAUUUUGUUCUUACCGAUAUGUAUUGCUUUUGUAUUCAUUAUUUUUGUACGUUCUUUAAUGUCUUGAUAAUGAUCCUGCACUUAUGAUUGUAUUGAUGUAUUUAUGUAAUUCCUAAAGUAUGCAAUGGGUACACAAUUAAUGGAAACUGAGUGAGUAAAAAGGACAUUGGUAAAUUAAAUAUGUGGAUGCCUUACAAACAAUGUGGCAUCCGCUCCAUACUUGACUUCGGGGUAGUUGCCGUGCAGCCCCCACCCCAUAUUUCUACAUUGUGAUGUUGAUAUUUUUGUGAUCUCUAAAAUCGAGAAAAUGAUCAUGAUGCCGUUUUUGUGGAAGAGCUGUUUGGAACUAAAUGGCUGGGCUAUCAGCCUGUGCAGGUGGGGAGGAAAUGUUGGACCAUAACAAAGUGAAUCAGAACAUACGGGACUAGCGAUGGAUCACUUGAUUAAGAAGUGGGAACUAAAACAUCUGUAUCAGCAAAUUAUGGUUGUGUAUAUUUCUUCAAAUGUGUUUCCAAAUGCCCACAUGAUCAGACUAAGCAUUUUAAUGGCCAUGGGAGAUUAAUGUUAAUAAAUGUAUAUGUUGUGA